GUUGAAACCUUGAUCGUGUCGUAUUGCUGGAUUUAAAAAAGAACUAAUGAAAAAAAGUUUAUGGAUAUGAAUGAUAAGAGAUCAAGCUUUGCACCAGAAAAUAAUGGAUCUACAAGCACAUUAGAGAAUGACACGACUACGACAGACAAACCAGAAAGCUUUGCAGAAUUUGCUGAGAAUACGACAAUGCAUGGAGGUCGUUUUCUUAUCCAUAAAAGCAUUAAAAGACGAGUGUUUUGGUUUGUGUGUAUUCUAGCUGCAGCUUCAUAUUGUCAGUAUUCAUUGUACCAACAUUUCACGUACUUUAUGCAAAGACCAUAUACAACCGCCAUCUCAUCGAAACGAGAGAAAACAAGUAUAUUUCCCGACAUUUCAAUCUGCAACAUUAAUCCCGUCCAUACCGGGAAAUACAAAGCGAUCAUGAAGAAUCGGUUCCCUAAUGCCUCUAUGGAAGAUUUAGACGCCGAUAUAGAUUACCUGGCAGAUGUGCUUCUUGAAAUGAUGGGAAGCGGCAAAGCUCAACCUGUACAAGAACCGAAGGACCAAAAAUACACAGACCAAAUGUCAAGGUUUGCUUCUCUUAUUGAAAACUUGAAUGACAGCAGCCAUUCUUUGUCAGAGAUGCUUYUYCCAACCGAACUAUUUGGAUGUCAGUUUCAGAUGAAC